AUGGCCUACGAGACAGAAGAUCAUGAGACUCAAUACUGCUUUCCUGCCAUUAACUCAUCAUGCAUCAAGACAAAACGCUCCUCACAUGAAUACAAUAUCAUGUAUGUGUUUUUUUCAUUGCUGUCAGUAUGGACUGUGUUUCUGAAUCUGCUGGUGAUCAUCUCCGUCUCUCACUACAAGAAGCUUCACACUCCAUCCAACAUGCUCAUUCUCUCUCUGGCUCUGUCCGACCUGCUCAUAGGACUUAUUGUGAUACCUGUAGAGGCAAUCCAACUAAUUGAGGCAUGCUGGUACUUUGGAGACAUUUUCUGUGGAUUGUUUUUAAUUAUUAUGGCAGUGCUUCUUUCAACAACUCUUAAUAAUCUUGGAAUCAUUGCUGUUGACCGUUUUCUUGCUGUAUGUUACCCUUUACAAUAUGAACGCACAGUAACAACGACUAAAACUUUUAUAAUCAUCUGUCUCUGCUGGUUUUACUCCACAGCAUUUAAUACUGCUCUUGUAACUAACAACUAUUAUUUGAACAGUUCACACAGAACACAUGGGUGUUAUGGAGAGUGUACGUUUGUUUAUAGUUUUGCAUGGAGGAUUGCUGACGAGAUGGUGUCCAUCUUUUUGCCUUGUAUUGUGCUAAUCACUCUGUAUUUAAGGAUAUUUUAUAUCGCGAAACAGCAAGUGAAAGUUAUAAACUCUCUGAUAAAGAGAGAAAAACAUUUAACAACAAAUUCAGUGAAGAGGAAAUCUGAGAGCAAAGCUGCUCUGACAUUAGGAAUCAUUGUGGUCAUUCAUCUGCUUUGCUGGUUGCCAGUGUAUAUAUGUUUUCUGCCAGCAAGUAUAGAAGUGCCAGUACCUGUCAUAAACACCAUGCUUUGGACUGUAUAUUGUAACUCAGGUCUGAAUCCAGUUGUAUAUGCUUUAUUUUACCCUUGGUUUCGAAAGUCAGUUAAACACAUCCUGACUCUUAACAUUUUCAGACCAUCAUCCUCUCUGAUUAAUAAUCAUUAA